GUCCGCGUUCACUCGUGGUGUUGUUAUGUGAGUUAGUAUAAAAGACGAGAGCGUUAACCAAGAGCGCAUUAUGAGGCUGAAGUCGCAGUAAGUAACAGCUGACAUAUACGACAUGUUCCACAACUGGGACUUCGAUGACGCUGCCAUGUGUAGAGUCCGCCACUUCUUCACUUCUUCUACAGCCCUGGCCUCUGGUAUUCUUUUCCUCGCUCUCUCCGUCGUCAGAUUCCAAAAAGUAUGCCGAUCGUUUGGCAGGCAAGUGAGCGUGCGCCAAGCUAAGGCUGUGUGCGUCAUCAUCAGCGCCUUCUCGUCGAUCGUCAGUGUCCCCUACGCCAUUCUGUACGGGACGGAAACGAUACCCAGUCCUCGAGCAGACAUCUUCGGUUCCGAGUGCGGAAUUGACGACAGGUUCACCCAAACAGUGUGGCCUGCGGCGUACUAUUCUUGUAUCCUCUUGCUUUUCCUGUCGUGCUGCAUCCCUCUAGUGGUUCUGUACACUCUGAUCGGCAUUGUGGUUUGGCGACACAGUAAGCUCUAUGGGGUUUCCGCUUUGCCUUCUGCGCAAGUGAAGGCCACUUCCGGGGGGAAUUCCCCCUCGAUCACUUCCGGAGCAGUGUCGCUGCCUAGCAACGAUAGUUCGUCAAGAGGGGCUGCUGGUGCGUCCGGAGAGGAUUCAGUUGAGAUGACGGAUUUAGAGAAUGCUGAGACUGGUAAUGUGAGACAGGAGGUAUGCCGGGAAUCUCCGGAUAAUACAAGGAAAGAGGAGAGUGAUGUUAGCAGCGGGGGCAGAGGUAUGCCGAAAACAACAGAAAUGGGAAAGAUUAUGUUUUCAAGUGAACGUGACGGAUCAGGUCAGCUCGGUCAAGGGAAACGUCGUCGUCACGAUGGUGCUGUAGAGAGCGUGAGUGACCGUGAAGCCACUGACUCGUGUUCCUGUCAGCAGAACAAAGCUAAACAGGUCUCAGUGCCAACUGUUGAGAAAGUAUUAUCAUGUAACCAAACACCCUCAGGAGAAAUCUACAUUCCAGGUCCCAGUUCGACUACACUCACGAAGAAGGAGAAAAAACAAAGCUGUGACGUCUCUGGUGACCCAAACAACAAACAGAACUACGCCAAAAACGACCCGAGAGGUCAAACAGUUGAAAUAUCUACCACGACAAGUCCUUCCAAGAAAAGAAGACAAGGAGGAGUGAUCCAAAUUCUGUCUCGGCGUGACAGCCAAAAGAAGUCCCCAAAGCUUUCUACUACUAGUACUACUUCUACCCUUGGUCAAGCCACGAGAAGGCCGGGCUUGGGAAAGACUACCAUGAUGCUCAUAAUCGUCAGCUUCAUCUACAUUAUUGGCUUUCUUCCUCAUCUUUGCGUCGUUUUUUUUCGAUUUGCCUCCCCGGAAAAGUUUGCGGCCAUGGGUACCAUUGAACAGAUCUUCUAUAACCUCGCUCUGAGGUUCUUCUUCUUGAACAGCGCAGCCAACCCGGUCAUUUACAGUCUGUGUGACCGAAACUUCCGGCUUGAUUGUCUGCAAGUUUUUCAGUGCAAAAGAAAGAUGAGGUAAAGCACCGAGAGUUAGAUUAGAAAAACGACAGCUUUCAUUGAGUUUCUCUUUGUCUGGGUGGUACAUCGACAAGAUGUGUAAUACUGCAUGCUUUUUUUAAUAAAAAUUGUUUUUCUUUUCUUGUUUUUGGUUUGCGGGUUGUUGUUUUUUUUUUGGGUAUAUUAUGGAUUUAGUGCCUAACAUUGGUAAUAUAUGAAUAUAAUAUUAUAAUGUGUUAUAGCUUGUUCACCUUCGUCUUUCUACAUUAUUAAACACAUCUAGCUCAUUUGUUAAUUUAA